AUGUCUAAGAGAGGUCGUGGCGGUGCCGCCGGCAACAAGCUGAAGAUGACCCUCGGUCUGCCUGUCGGCGCCGUGAUGAACUGCUGCGACAACUCCGGUGCUCGCAACCUGUACAUCAUUGCCGUCUGCGGUAUUGGUGCCCGCCUGAACCGUCUCCCCGCUGCCGGUGUCGGUGACAUGGUCAUGGCCACCGUCAAGAAGGGAAAGCCCGAGCUCCGCAAGAAGGUCAUGCCCGCCGUUGUCGUCCGCCAGUCCAAGCCCUGGCGCCGGGCUGACGGUAUCUACCUGUACUUCGAGGACAACGCUGGUGUUAUCGUCAACGCCAAGGGUGAGAUGAAGGGAUCUGCCAUCACCGGUCCUGUCGGUAAGGAGGCUGCUGAGCUUUGGCCCCGUAUUGCCUCCAACUCCGGUGUCGUCAUGUAA